AUCUACACGAUGGCGCGUAUUGUUCUUCUGUUAGCUACAACCCUCUUCCUCUCGGUUUCUAGUCUAUCGACUGGAUUCAAUCCGCUCCGUCCCUGGUGGAAUGCUCGCAGCGUUGGUCGAGUUGUUGGUGGCUACGAGGUGGACAUUAAGGACGUUCCUUUCCAAGUUUCCCUGAGCGAUGAUUACUUUGGACACUUCUGUGGCGGAUCACUGCUCUCAGAGCGAUGGGUGCUAACCGCUGGCCAUUGUGCCAACGAUCAGGACCUUGGUCUCAAAGUGCGCGCCGGUUCCAGCCGGCAUGCUACGGAUGGUCAGCUGUACCGCGUGAAAAAGGUCUAUCAACAUCCGCAGUACAACCCCGUUAUUAUCGAUUACGAUUUUUCUCUGCUGGAACUGGAAGAACCGAUUAUUUUCGGUGACAGCUGCCAAGCCGUUAACCUGCCGAAAAAGGACCAACCCGUCGAGGAGGGUACUUGCCUGCAGGUAUCGGGUUGGGGUGCAACCCAAAACCCGUCAGAAUCUCGCAGCGUGCUUCGAGCUACCACCGUUCCAGCUCUGUCGCAGGAUGAAUGCGUUCGCGCUUACUCACUCAAUAACGAGGUAACCAAACGGAUGGUUUGCGCCGGUUACAAGGAGGGUGGUAAGGACGCCUGUCAGGGUGAUUCGGGUGGUCCUUUGGUGGAAGGUAACACGCUGGUCGGAGUCGUUUCCUGGGGUAUUGGUUGUGCCCAGGCCGGAUAUCCCGGUGUAUACUCUCGCGUGGCUGCCGUUCGUGAUUGGGUUCGGGAAGUCAGUGGUCUUUAGAGGUUAUUCGAGCUGUGUAGCAUUCUGGUAGAAAUAUAUUAGCAA